GAAAGGAUCGGCAACAUGGCGGCGGCCGUGGGUGGGAGAGUGGCGGCUGGAGGCACUGCCGCCGUGGUCAAGCCAAUCUUUAGUCGGGACCUGAACGAGGCAAAACGGCGGGUGCGAGAACUGUAUAGGGCCUGGUACCGGGAGAUCCCCAACACUGUGCACUUGUAUCAGCUGGAUAUCACAGUGAAACAGGGGCGUGACAAGAUGCGGGAGCUGUUUAUGAAGAAUGCCCAUGUCACAGACCCCAGAAUUAUUGAUAUACUUGUUAUAAAGGGGAAAAUGGAACUGCAGGAGACUAUUUACAUGUGGAAGCAACUAACACAUGUAAUGAGAUAUUUUCAUGAGACAGAAAUACCUCAACCGAAGGACUUCUUGUCCAAAUUCUACGCGGGCCAUGACCCUUGAGCCAAACAGUUUUUGAGUAGCUGUAAUUAUAUGUUUUCUCUUCUCAAUAAAGCCCUGUAUAUUGAAGAGCUCUUCAACAGAAGUUAUCCAUACUGGCAA